AUGCCGCCGUCGCGAUGCGUCCCCGCGUCCGCGCCAUCCCUCAUUCCGCGCGCGCGGUCGCUCGUCGCCGCGACGGCGCUCCUCUGCGUCGUCGUCCUCUCCGACGCCGUCCUCCCCGCGCGCGCGGACCCGAUGCCGAGGGAGGUGUUGGAGUCACUCCCGGACUGGGAGGAAGACAUCGGGCUCAGGCGCGCGCUGAAGUGCAACGGUGCGUCGCGCGUUCGCGUCGCGCGCGCGCGGUUCUCCUCGGCGUCGGCGUCGAACGGUCAUGUCGCCUUCGCGUCGUUUCGAGAAGAUUCGAAUCGCGCCGCUGACGUCCAACCGCCCGUCCGUCCUUCCCCACUCUCGUCCACAGCGUGCGCGAUCGCGGUGAACGAGCUCGUGGAGAACCUGAACGCGAAGCGCGCGAAGAUGCGAAGGAAGCUCACGACGGACGAGGCGAUCACCGCGCUCGAGCGCGGCUGCAUCACCGCGAGGAAGGACUGGGGGCUGCAGAUGCGAAACAACAAGGUCACGCCGGUGUACAGCAACGACCACACCGUCGCGAGGGCGGAGGGAAGCUGGAUCUCCACCUUCGUCGUCAACGCGUGCGGGGAAGUCGUCGGCGAGCACGACGAGACGGUGUUGCACGCGUGGAAGUCGAACACGCCGCUGCUCGAGCUGCAGGGACGGGUGUGCAAGACCGGGAAGCACGGCGCGACGGGCCCGGGAGAGGGUGACGGUUCGAAUUCUAAGAUCGACGAUUCGUAUCCAAACGGGUUGGGCGUCUGCCCGGCGACGGCGGACAUGUCGCUCGUGAACACGCACGACGACGGGUGGAGCAGCUGGGACGGACCGCAGCACAAGAAGGGCGGCGCGAACACGCCGGUGCAGAAGAAUCCGCCGGAGAUGAAGGUUGAGCUGUGA